AUGGCUAACCCUAUCAUGCUCUACGUGCAGUUUUUGAUCACCUUGGCUGGACUGACGGGGUCGCCGACGCAUCAGGGCGAUUCUUCGGAACGCCAAGUCAUCAUGUCGCCGCUGCAACUGAACUGGACAACCGACGCCCAUUUUCAAGCCAGCGAGGAGCCUGGAAACAUCUUCAGGAAACUCGUGUUCGCCAAAGAAGCGCUCCCUCUUAAGGAUAUUUUGGCUAAACAGAAUGUGAUCCUAACUGAGCUUGCUGGGAUAAAAACUAGUCAACAAACAUUUGAGAACAAAUUUGCCAAACUGGCCAAAAAGGUUGAACAAAUUGAAGUCACAGUCGAAGAAACAAAAGAGCUUAGGAAUCAAAUGACGAGUAUUGAAAAAAAUGUUUCGUCCGUACAAACCGAACUUACUGAAUGCCAAAGAAAGUUGGUCGACUUAGAAGAUCGAAGCCGCCGCAAUAAUCUUAUGGUUUUUGGUGUUUCCGAGGACGCCGGUGAAACGGCAGAUAUACUUCGAUCAAAGGUACUCGACGGUAUUUUCGUAGAAAAACUUGGAAUUCGUACUAACUCUGUCGAACGCUUGCAUCGGGUUGGACGAAAGACAAAUAGAAGCCGGCCUAUUAUUGUUAAGUUCUUCGACUACAAUGAAAAGAAUAAUCUUCUAAAAAAACGCAGACUUCUAAAAGGUACCAAAAUAACACUUGAGCACGAUUAUUCAUGGGUGACGCUUCAAAAGCGCAAACUGCUAUGGGAAAGUAGCAAACCAAAUCGUGAUAAUGGGGAAACUGCUUUUCUGAUACACGACAAGAUUAAGAUUGGAAACGACAUUUUCGAAUGGGAUGACGCCAAGGGGCAAGUGUGCAAAGAAAAAAAUCGGCCAACAAACCGAAGGAAUGUGAAAUGA